CACCACAAGUGGCGCCCGAACAGGGACCUGAGUAUCGAGGGAUCCAGUGAAGGACACUGCAGAGAAGAAGGAGGCCUCAAUGAAAAGGACUAUAAAGCUUUGCUAAAAAGAAGCCUGACAACUUCACAGCAAGAUGAAGUUCCUUCUGUUGCUCUCAGCCAUCGGGCUGUGCUGGGCUCAGUAUUCCCCGCACACGCAGCAGGGACGCACAUCCAUUGUGCACCUGUUCGAGUGGCGCUGGGCGGACAUUGCUGCGGAAUGCGAGAGAUACUUAGGUCCCAAGGGAUUUGGAGGAGUUCAGGUCUCUCCACCCAAUGAAAAUGUUGUAAUUAACAAUCCUUAUCGACCUUGGUGGGAAAGGUAUCAACCAGUCAGCUAUAAAUUAUGCACAAGAUCUGGGAAUGAAGAUGAAUUCACAGACAUGGUGGCCAGGUGCAACAAUGUCGGUGUCCGAAUUUAUGUGGAUGCUGUGAUUAACCACAUGUGUGGCUCUGGCAAUCCUGCAGGAACAAGCAGUACUUGUGGAAGCUACUACAAUCCUGGCAAUAGAGAAUUUCCAGAAGUCCCAUACUCUAGUUAUGAUUUUAAUGACAAUAUAUGUAAUGGAGAAAUUAAUGACUAUAAUGAUGCCAAUCAGGUCAGAAAUUGUCGUCUGUCUGGUCUUCUUGAUCUUGCACUUGGGAAGGAUUAUGUCCGUACCAAGAUUGCUGACUACCUGAACCAUCUCAUCGACAUUGGUGUAGCAGGGUUCAGACUUGAUGCUGCUAAGCACAUGUGGCCUGAAGACAUCAGGGCGAUUUUGGAUAAACUGCAUAAUCUGAACACAACUUGGUUCUCUGAAGGAAGUCGACCUUUCAUUUUCCAGGAGGUAAUUGAUCUGGGAGGUGAAGCAAUUAAAAUUUGUGAAUACUUUGGAAAUGGCCGUGUGACUGAAUUCAAGUAUGGUGCAAAACUAGGCACAGUUAUACGCAAGUGGGAUGGAGAAAAGUUGUCUUACUUAAAGAACUGGGGAGAAUGUUGGGGUUUUGUGUGUUCUGACAAAGCCCUUGUCUUUGUGGAUAACCAUGACAAUCAGCGAGGUCACGGAGCGGGAGGAGCCUCUAUUCUGACAUUCUGGGACGCUAGGAUGUAUAAAAUGGCUGUGGGAUUUAUGCUUGCUCAUCCUUAUGGAUUUGCACGAGUGAUGUCAAGCUACCGUUGGGACCGAAACUUUCAGAAUGGAAAAGAUGUGAAUGACUGGAUCGGGCCACCGAAUGACAAUGGAGCAACUAAAGAGGUGACUAUUAAUGAGGACACCACUUGCGGCAAUGGCUGGGUCUGUGAACAUCGCUGGCGUCAAAUAAGGAACAUGGUUGCCUUCCGAAAUGUAGCUGAUGGCCAGCCUUUCUCCAACUGGUGGGAUAAUGGAAGCAAUCAAAUAGCUUUUGGAAGAGGAAACAGAGCAUUCAUUGUCAUUAACAACGAUGACUGGUCAUUGUCUGAAAUUUUGCAAACUGGGCUACCUGCUGGCACGUAUUGUGAUGUCAUUUCUGGAGAUAAAGUUGAUGGCAACUGCUCAGGAAUUGAAAUUGAGGUUUAUGGUGAUGGCAAGGCUCGAUUUUCCAUUAAUAACUCUGCUGAAGACCCCUUUAUCGCCAUCCAUGCUGAAUCAAAGUUAUAGAAUUCAAAUAAAAUGUGUGUGAGAGAAUCAUAGCCAUGUGUGCUUCUUUCCUCUGAUGAAUAUUAAUUUUAAAGCUCACUAACAUGUAGGAAUCCUGUGAAUAAUCAAACUGGCUUUAUACAGUAAGAAAUAAAGACUGGGCUGGGGAUUGAGCUCAGUGGUUCAGUCACCUGCUUUG